CCGCCGCCAGCCGGUCCCGCGACGCGCAAAGCGCGAGAUCAGGAUCGGGGAGAGCGAGAGAGAAGGAGAGAACGUUUGAAACGCAAAAUCUCUAACGAGGAACACUCAGAGCCACGCGAGCGGUCGCGCGACACGGUACGAGCACGGUUUCGACGUCGCGUUAUGUGCGUCGAGAAACGUACGAGCCACGCGAGGCUCGCUUGUGUCUUUUUAUUUCUCGUGGCAAUUGUUCCGCCGCUCGGACUCUGCCAAAAUGCCGGGACACGCGGUACAUUCGGGGACAGGAGGAGAUCGGAUCUUUCCGGGGACGAGCCGGAACACGCUCUGGAAACCCAUCGGCAGUAUAGCCGGGACGCCUCUUCCGAGGGAAUGGAGAUACUCGAGAAACACAGAAGGAUGCUCUCGUCGCGAGGUGUUAUCAAGGAGCCGGGAGAGAUGGAGAUGGAAACGAGAGCGAGGACCCGCGGCGAUGAAGACAACAAACAUCUCCUUUGGCCGGAAAAUGGUGCGAAAAUUCCGCUUCUUCGGCGAAACGUAAAUGUCACAAGCUUGAGUAAGCAACAAGAGGGCAACUUUGGAAACCGCACGCGCAAGAAACGUCGCAGAAGUAAAGCUUCCGAUGUCGAGGAUCGCGUUCCCGAGGACAUUACCGAGGACAGCCGCGAGAACGAGAUAUCGGAUCAAUCGCGAAGGAGGAACGACCCUUUCGCAAAGUCAAGGCCGAGGAGUCGGGAAGCGCGAAAGUCCCGUGCGGAACGACGAAGACGGAAAAAGAAGGACAGAAAGGGACGUAAUAGAGGAGGCAGGAGACUGAACAACGAGAGAAGAACGUACGACUCUUCGAGUUUCGGGAAAUCAUCGAACGUCACCUGGUCGACGGAGGCUGUCAACGAAGACGCGACGACGUCGUCGAGUCUCCGACGUCACUCGACGCUCGAGACGGCUACCAAGAGGCUAACAAGGACGACGCCUCCUCGUCGAGGCGCUUACAUGGUGGCCGACACGGUGGAGAGAGAGUUCUCCAAACAGCUCGAGAUGGAGAUUUCCAAGUUCGCGUCGAAGGACGACGGGAUCUUCGAUGGCUCUCCGAAGAAAUCGAGCGGACGAGAAAAUCGAGAAGAAACGGAGUCGUCGAGCCAGGACGACGAGGAGCCGGUCGCCGCUCCGUCGAGCGGCAAAAUUGAUUUCGGGAACUCGCGUUACGACGCUGAGAGGAUGCUGGGCUACUCGAGGACCAAGGAGGACCUGCCGAUCCUGGAUUUGGAGAACGAGGUGCUCGAGAGGACCCUGAAGGACUAUAACGCGUACAUGAAGCUGAGGCCGAGUUACGACCGACGAUCUCUUCUUCCGUCGGUCCCUCCUCGCACUUCCGGCUCUCAUCCGCCGAGAAAGCCGAUAAUUAAUUCGGACGAGAGCGACGACGAAGAAACAGGCACCGAUGUCACGACGCAGGAGGGAGACGACAGCACGAGCGGUGACUUAUCUUGCAUAAACGGGACGUUUCUGCCGGCGCCUCUAUCUCGCCACGCUCUGAUCAAAUAUGUAAAGUCCUCGACCCCGGGGCACGAGUAUUUGGAAGCCGAUUACGAGUGUGUACCCGGCUACCGUAUGGCAUCCUCCUCGAGCCGAUUAGUCUGCAGGAGCCGUCAGUGGCUCGGACAGGUGCCAAAGUGCGAGAUCAAGCAAAACCCGGACCGGGUAUGCGCCGAGGCAUCCUGCGAGCAGGAUUGCAACGAAAUUAACGGCCGUCCCGUCUGUUCCUGCUACGAGGGAUUCAGAUUGGUCGACGGCAACAAAUGCGUCGACAUCGACGAAUGUUUACUGAACAACGGCCGCGGUCCUUGCCAGGACACCUGCCGAAAUCUCAUGGGAGGGUACAAAUGUUCCUGCGAGGGUCUGCCGAACGCAUCCCUGGCCGGCGACAAUCACACGUGCGAACGUGACAGGCACCCGGGUCCGUGCAGCGUCAACAAUGCCGGGUGCUCCCACACGUGUUUGUCGACGAUGGGUCGGGUGUUCUGCCUCUGCCCCGACGGCUUCAUCCUCGAGGACGACUGGAAGACCUGUCAGGAUGUGGACGAGUGCUCGGUGCCGGAUCUUCAGACGGAGCUCUGUCGCUACGGCUGCAUCAACACCCCGGGUUCCUAUCGAUGCGCCCGACCCAUGGAGCUGAAGAAUCGGCCAAUUUUGGACAGGCUGUCCAUCACUUGCCUGCCGGGUUACGAGCAGACUUCCUACGGGACGUGCAUCGAUAUCAACGAGUGUGGGGUUGACAACGGCGGAUGCGCAGAGGUGUGCGAGAAUACAGACGGUAGCUUCUUCUGCGCUUGCGAUGGGGAUGAAAAAGCCCUGUCAUCCGAUGGAAAAUCCUGCGUAGACAUAAAUAGCAUCGCGUGUCUCCCGUUAAAUCCGGUCGGUCGUGGUUAUUUAAUAUGCUCCCGAUUAGCCACGUCCAAGUUGUGGCGCGACAGGCGAAAAGUGCCCAAUCGACCCGGCACGAGAUGCUUCCUCAAGUGUCCUCGUGGGUAUCAGCUUCGGGGUGAAUACGAGUUGACCUGUCGAUCCGACGGCGCUUGGGACGGAUCGGAGGACGGAAGAUGCGUCCGAUAUAGCAAGCCCCGAUUGGAGUGUCCGAGGGACGUCGUGGCUGAGUUACCACCUGGUAGGGACGAGGCGUUCGUGACCUUCGAUCAGCCGGCGACCGAUCUCGAUUGGUUCCGUUACGUGAGAUCGAAGCCUUCCUGGGGCACCAGACUCGAGGCCAGCCUGAAGCCCGGGAUGCACGAGAUCACCUUCUUCGCGCGACACCCGGUAUCGAAGAAACAAUCCAGCUGCGCGCUACGCAUUAUCGUCAAAGGCGGCGAGGCACCGAAAGUCAAAGACUGCCCGGGAGACAUCGAAGUUGUCGGAGGAAAUGGCACUGCGAUCACGUGGACGGAGCCGACCUUCACGGAUAACGUCAAGGUGACGCGAAUCAGUAACAACGAGAGUCCGGGUCGUCGCUUCGACGUCGGCGGUCACAGGAUCGAGUACGAGGCGAGUGACGACGCCGGUUGGUCGAGCAAAUGCGUCUUCACCGUGGUCCUUCGUCGGGAAUAAGGAGGCUGGAGAGGCAGUAUCAGGACGAGAAUGUGGUGGGUGAGGGAAAGAAAGAGAGAGGGAGAGAAAGAGAGAGAGAGCUCAUGUGCGAAUCUCAAAAAGGCUCAGUACUGGCUCAAUACUGGUGCCAGAGUCGCCAAUACUGGCUGACGUUCUGGGCCGGUAUAAGUUGAGAUCGGGUUCAUUACUGGGACAAUGUCGGAAUGAUAACACGGGUCCCAGUCUCGGCGCCAACUUUGGCCCGACACACAGAGUAUUAGUACAGAGGCAUCGUUGAUUGCCAAUGUUGGGCCAACUCUUGAUGCCAACUUUGGCCCGACACAAAGUAUUAGUACUGGGACAACAUUCGUUAUCAGUAUUGGGCCAUAUUGAUUAGUCUGUAUUGGGCCAAAUCUAACAUUAGAAUAACCGAUAUGUUUAAAAUCAUUAUAAAUUAAUGUUUCAAAAUAAAAAUAUUUGUUGUCAUACACCAACGUAUGGCCCAAUGUAUUCCCAGUGCUGAUCCAGCAUAAUUUUAUCAUCUCAGUACUAUUUCACGUCUCGCCCAGUACUGAUACGAUAUUUGGCUCGGUAUAGAAAAUAUUUUGUGUCAGUACGGUACACAAACAUUGGCCCAAUUUGCUUCCAGUAUACUUGAACCGGUACUCGUGCUGCGGACAAAGUUUCUUGCUUCCCAGUAAUCCGACACGAGUCGACUCAAUACAUGCCCAGUACUGAGACGAUUCUCGGCCAUCGAUACCAAUUACCGAGACUGGUACAGUAUUGAUCUAGUGGUUUAUCCGUACUGGGGCAGUACCACUUAUCAAGUCUUGGCAGCCAAUAUUGUGCCACUUCUGGGCCAUGUUGACAACUCUGGCAGAAGCCCGACAUUCGCACAUGGGAGAGAGAAACCUAGCGAAAAGCAGCGCGGAAGAAUAACGAUAAGGUAAUAUAAAUGGAAAUGGCUACGGGACGCCGUCUCUUCUUACGUAGGCCCCGUAAUGGAUUCCGUUUUGUCCGGCAGGUUACACGUGGAGGGAAAGAGAGAAAAAAAAUGCGACUAGGUAUCUCCAUUUUUUCGCACGCGCGACUCUCCUCCUUUUACCUCCUUUUCUCGACAUCCGCGCGACAGGGGAGACGAAAGUACACCCCCUAACGAGUGUAUAAUCUCUACACUCGAUAGUUUUACGAGAUCGAAUUAUGCGUCGACUGCCACUUUUGAUAGAGUAACGUAACGAUAGAGUAGCGUUGUAACGACGCUUACAAAGAAGCGAUAAUAAUAAUAAUAUUUUACGUAGAGGAGGAGGAUAGAGGGAAAGAAAAUGCGCAAUCUUCCUUAAAAAAAAAAAAAAAGAAAAAAAGAAAAAAAUUAAAAGCCUCGAUGGUUAUAUUCAAUUCAGAUGUUUAUGUUGCGCAUAAAAUUUUCCCGGCGCAUAAAAUUAAACCUCCGAUUUUGCGGCUCGAAAAACUCCCUUCUCCUGUUUCCCCUAGCUCUUCUCCUCCACGUAAUAUUUUACCUUGUAAUAUAAUUUUUAUCGCAACCGCAGACCGGUUGUGCACUCUCCGGUAAUAUAUACAAUGCCGCGAGAUGUAGCGUAAACGCGAAAUUCGCGUUAUCGAGUCCCGGUUUUACGUUAAACGGAAAUUAACACAGCGCGGUUACGUCAUCACUGCAUCCAGCGAGAAUUGCGAAACAUUUACACUUGUGUAUACGAUAUGUAACACACAUAUUCUCCAAAUAUAUCCCGAUAGUAAUUAACGAGGCUCGACCGCGUGUCCUUCGUUUAUUAUCCGCCAAAGUCGAAGGAUUCCUUCCCGUUGAUAAGAUUCCAGCCGAAUUGUGCACCGGCUGACAGGUCAGACAAUAGACAGGAUCAAUGCUGGGUCUCUGUCAAAGUCACGCGAGCGAACAGAAGCGACGUUGGUGUUAAGCACCGGAUAAUGCAAUAUACUGAGCACAGAGAGAGAGAGAGAGAGAGAGAGAUGCAAACACGUUAUAAUAUCGCUUUAUCGGUCUCGAGAUAACGCGUCUCGCGUGAUUUUCAAGUGUCCUAUAGCCAGUGUUGUGCUUAGAUGAUUUGAAAAUUAACUAGAAAGAGAUGAGAUGAA